UGGAGUGCCAUGUUUGAUGAACUCCUCCACGAGAAGAUGGGGAGGUUUUUUGGCACCUACAUGGCCAUGAGGUCUCUGGGACUGGCAGAGUACCCAGACAUCUUCGCUGUCUGCCUCAUCGUCAUGCUGGCAGGGCUCCUUUCCUUUGGGGUGAAAGAGUCCACCACAGUCAACAAACUAUUCACAGCCAUCCACGUGCUCUUCCUGCUGUUUAUCACAGUGAGUGGGUUCAGCAAAGGGGAUGUGAGGAAUUGGAGGAUGAGUGAGGAUGACCUGCUGAGGGCCGCUGCCCACCAAGCCGAGUGA